AUGUCGGACCGAUCAAACAAUAACGGGCAUCGCGAUGAUUCGAAACCGAGCGUCGACCAGUCCAAUCUCAACAACCCAGAGAGCUCUGCGAGCCCGUCCUCAGAUCGCAGCAAGACCGUGUCUUCGAGUACCGCAUUCAUGCCUCAAUCUGGUAAAGCAGCAGGCAUAGUGGGAAAUACACCCCGUCAACAGGAUCACGACAAGACAGAAGAGGACCCAGAUCAGCGUCGGCGCGAAGAUGUGGCUGGAAGUGAGCGCUGGAUUCCCAUGGCUGGGAAACCUACGAAGACAUCUACGCUCUGA